CGAUUCAAGGGCCCUAGAGAUCCUACAACAUCAAAUGAAAAGAUGAAGCCAGCCGACAGAAGAUGAAAGACACCCGAGCGCUGGAGGGUUCCCUUGUAGCCACUUCUAUCCAGGUCCCAAGUUUCUCUUCACCAUGGCCUGUAACAGCACACCCAUGGGGACUUACGAACAUCUGCUGCUGAAUGUGAGCAACACUUUGGACCCCGGGGCCACCCCAUUGUCUGCACCGCUCAGGAUCUCGCUGGCAAUAAUGAUGCUGCUGAUGAUCGUGGUAGGAUUCCUCGGCAACACGGUGGUCUGCAUCAUUGUGUACCAGAGGCCAGCCAUGCGUUCAGCCAUCAACCUGCUGCUGGCCACCUUGGCCUUCUCCGACAUCAUGCUGUCCUUAUGCUGCAUGCCGUUCACGGCCAUCACCCUCAUCACUGUUCGUUGGCACUUCGGGGACCACUUUUGUCGGCUUUCAGCUACUCUCUAUUGGUUUUUUGUCCUAGAGGGCGUGGCCAUCCUGCUCAUCAUUAGCGUGGACCGAUUCCUCAUCAUCGUGCAGCGUCAGGACAAGCUGAACCCACGAAGGGCUAAGAUGAUCAUCGCGGCCUCCUGGGUGCUGUCUUUCUGCAUCUCUGUGCCCUCCUUCACUGGUUGGACGUUCAUGGAGGUGCCUGCUCGGGCCCCACAAUGUGUGCUGGGCUACACUGAGUUCCCAGCUGAACGCGCCUAUGUGGUGACAUUGGUGGUGGCAGUGUUCUUUGCGCCCUUCGGCGUCAUGCUGUGCUCCUAUCUGUGCAUCCUCAAUACGGUGCGGAAGAACGCUGUCCGGGUGCACAACCAGUCGGACAGUCUGGACCUCAGACACCUGACUGGGGCCGGCCUGAGACGUCUCCGGCGGCAGCAGCAGCAGGCCAGCCUGGACCUGAGCUUCAAAACCAAGGCCUUCACCACCAUCCUCAUCCUCUUCGUGGGCUUUUCGCUCUGCUGGCUGCCGCAUUCAGUCUACAGCCUGCUGUCUGCGUUCAGCCGGCGGUUCUAUUACAGCGCCUCCUUCUACACCACCAGCACGUGCGUCCUGUGGCUCAGUUACCUCAAGUCUGUCUUCAACCCCAUCGUCUACUGCUGGAGGAUCAAGAAAUUCCGCGAGGCCUGCAUAGAGUUGCUUCCCCAAACUUUCCAAAUCCUCCCUAAAGUGCCUGAGCGGAUCCAGAGGAAAAUCCAGCCAAGCACCAUAUAUGUGUGCAACGAAAACCAAUCCGCUGUCUAGGGAGCAGAUCAGAGCAGGCCAACAGACCACUCAAAUGGUCGCGGCCCAGACUCUGCUCCCUAGCCUUUAGCUGUCUGCGUUUUGUGGUAACUACACAAGCACAAAGGUACUCAUUUGUUACCAGGUGAUCUGUGGCUUUCAAUUUUCCAGUUUCCAUAAGAUGAAUUAUUAUUUUCUCUUUCUCAGAAAAACCAUAGAUAGCUCUCAUGGGAAUAGGGGCUUGCAGAAGUCGGCUAGAAAGUGAGAAGGGAUGGGGGGAAGCAAACUGCGAAGCUGG